AUGGCGAAGAGGCCGCGCAGUGAGGAAGAUGAUGAUGAACUUCAUUAUGCAGAUCAUGACUAUGAAGUACCACAACAAAAAGGGGCAAAAAAGAUAUGUAACAGAGUAAAAUGGACCCGUGAUGAGGAUGAAAAACUUAAAAAACUAGUAGAACAGCAUGGUACAAGUGACUGGACAUUUAUUUCUAGUCAUUUACAAAAUCGUUCUGAUUUUCAGUGUCAGCAUCGAUGGCAGAAGGUCCUAAAUCCAGAACUUAUUAAAGGCCCCUGGACUAAGGAAGAAGAUCAGAGGGUGAUUGAACUUGUUCAGAAAUAUGGCCCCAAACGCUGGUCUUUGAUUGCAAAGCACUUGAAAGGAAGGAUAGGGAAACAAUGUCGAGAGAGAUGGCACAAUCAUCUUAAUCCAGAGGUAAAGAAAUCUUCAUGGACGGAAGAGGAAGACAGAAUCAUCUAUGAAGCUCAUAAACGUUUAGGAAACCGAUGGGCUGAAAUUGCAAAACUGCUCCCUGGAAGGACUGACAACUCAAUAAAAAAUCAUUGGAACUCUACGAUGCGAAGAAAAGUUGAACAAGAAGGAUAUUUACAAGAUGGAAUCAAGACAGAGCGCCCUUGUUUAUCAAAACUUCCUCACAAAACUUGUGUAUCUACGGAUCAUCUGCAUGCCCAAAAUCAAUUUUAUAUACCAGUUCAGACACAUAUACCAGGUUACCAGUAUGUUUCAACAGAAAGCAGCUGUUUAGAUGUUGCAGCUCCUUCAAACUUUAUUCAGCAGCCAUUUGAUGAUGAUCCUGACAAAGAGAAAAAAAUUAAAGAACUUGAAUUGCUACUUAUGUCAGCUGAAAAUGAAAUCAGGAGAAAGAGAGUGUCCUCACAAGCCAGAAACUUUUCGAAUUGGUCUGGAAACUUCAUCAUGGAAGAUAACAUGGCAAAUACUUUAAAUAGCCUUGGGGAGCAAACAAAUGACUUUUAUGAUAUAGAUGAUACACAAGCUUCAAUAAAUCAGCAAACCUCACCUAGCAAAUACUUGGCUGUGGAAGCAAAUGCAGUACUUUCAUCUCUACAGACCAUACCUGAAUUUGCAGAGACACUGGAACUCAUUGAGUCUGAUCCUGUAGCAUGGAGUGAUGUCACCAGCUUUGACCUUUCUGAUGCGGCUCCUUCACCUGUCAAUCAAGCUCCAGUAAAAUUAAUGCGUAUUCAGCAUAAUGAUGGGGCCAUGGAGUGCCAGUUUAAUGUAAGUGUUGUACUUGAUGGCAAAAAAAUACGUGAUGAAGAAGAAUCAAGAUCUCCAAAUACAGCCAAAUUCAGUACUCCUCCUACAAUUUUACGCAAAAAGAAGAAAAUCAGGACUGGACAAUCACCAGCCUAUGAACAGAAUGAUGGGCUUAGUAGCAACAAUACUAUGCUAAAACAAACACCAGUGAAAACACUACCUUUUUCCCCUUCUCAGUUCUUCAAUACAUGUUCUGGAAAUGAGCAGUUUAAUGUUGAAAAUACUCCAUUUACAUCAACUCCAAUUUGUAGCCAAAAAGUUCUUAUUACAACUCCCCUACAUAAUAAAGAUGUAACACCCAAAGAUCAAAAGGAAAAUGCUGGUUUUAGGACACCUACUAUUAGAAGAUCACUACUGGGCACAACACCAAGAACUCCAACUCCAUUUAAGAAUGCUUUAGCUGCUCAAGAAAAGAAAUAUGGUCCUCUGAAAAUUGUGUCACAGCCUCUUGCCUUUUUGGAAGAAGAUAUUCGAGAGGUUUUAAAAGAGGAAACUGGAACAGAUAUAUUCUUCAGGGAAGAGGAAGAGUCUGUCCAUAAAGGAUGCAAACUAGAGAACACUUCUGUAAAGAAAGUCAGGAAAUCAUUGGUCCUGGAUCCUUGGGAAAAAGAAGACCUUGGUGACCCUUUUUUUGCAGAAGAUAAUGUUUCAGAUAUGCAGUCAGAGAAUAUCUAUACUACAUCACUUCUAAUGAUACCGUUAUUGGAAAUACAUGACAAUAGAGACAACACAACUCCAGAGAAACAAGAUUCCAAUUCAACAAAACUGAAUGUAGCAUGGAAAAAAAAGCUGAAUACAUACACUUCAAAAAAUAUUAAAGGAGAAAAACCUCUUCAGGCGAAUUGUGAAUGGGAAGCUGUUGUUUAUGGGAAGACAGAAGAUCAACUUAUUAUGACUGAGCAAGCAAGAAGGUACCUGAGCACCUACCCAGCUUCUGGCAGCACUUCAAGGGCUCUCAUCUUAUGAUUGUCUUAAGAACAUAUCGAUCUACCUUUCCCACCCUUUUUAUUACAGACUUUAAGCUGAAAUAUGUUUGUACUUAUUUGAAGCUGCCUUCUAAGGGGAUUGUAAUACCCUUUUUUUUGAAAAAUACAAGGGAUGCAAAUAUCA